UGGGUGAGGAAGGAGAGAAAAGGGAACGGGUGAGACAGGGAGGGAGGCUUGCAAAGGUACAUUGAGGGGGUUCAAGUGGGGGAUGGAGGAGGGAAGGAAGUCUUCAAGGAGAGAGAGAAAGAGGUUUUCACAAAGCUUUUGGCAAAGUCCCUCUCAGUCCUGCACAGGCUCUCAAGAGGAGGCUCACACUGAUCAGGCACCGUAGGAUUGGUUGAUUGACAAUUGUUUUUUGGCACGGCUGUUUUAUAUCUUUGGGGACCUUAGAUCAGCUUCAGCAGGUCUACCUAGUUCUCGGCGUGUGUGUAUGUGACCUGUGUUUGUGACGGCGUGUGUGUAUGUGACCUGUGUUUGUGACAAUGCAUGGUGUCUGUGGAUUCCUCCUGGCAUGCGCGCUGCCACUCUCCUUUGCCACACCUGACAGCGAUGACCCAUUUCUCUGGCUGUCGGCACUGCGUGGUCGCGGUUAUGCCGAGGGCUCCCUGUUGGCCGACAACACUGGUGGGGAGUGUCCUGAGGACUGUGACUGCCCGCCUUCCUUCCCCAUUGCCAUGUACUGUGAUGGGCGGGGCCUGACAGCCAUGCCCAGAGUGCCCUCCAGGAUGAAGUACCUGUAUCUGCAGCAUAACAGGAUUACCGCCCUGUCGGACUCAGCCCUGGACAACGCCACCAACCUGGUCUGGGUCUUUUUGCAUCACAAUGAACUGUCUACUGAUAACAUUGGACAGAGGGCAUUUGCCAAACUGCAGAGUCUGGAGCGUCUGUACCUUCAGCACAACAACCUGACUCGUGUUCCCUCCAACCUGCCACGCUCCCUACGGGACCUCAGACUCAACAACAACUACAUCAACCAGAUAACGCCAGCCAUCUUGGAAGGAAUGGACAACCUAACCAUCCUGUACCUCAACGACAACGCUCUGACCGAGAUGGGCACAUCUCUGAAGGGGCUGAACUCCCUCACGCUGCUCGACAUCAGUGGCAACCAGCUGAAUAAGGUUCCAGACAGCCUCCCGGAACACAUACACCAGCUGUACCUGGAGUCUAAUGCCAUCAGCGCUGUCCCAGAGGGCUUCCUUGGUAAGUUCACCCAGCUGCAGUAUAUCCGCAUGGGCCACAACCAGCUGACAGACAAGGGGAUCCCCCGUGACACCUUCAAUGUCACUGGCCUGGUAGAGCUGGACCUCAGCUUCAACCAGCUGGAGAGGAUCCCUCCUGUCAGCGACACACUGGAACACCUCUACCUGCAGGCCAACCACAUCAAAGAGUUUACCUUGAGUAGUUUCUGCAGUGUCGUAGACGUGAUGAACUUCUCCAAGCUGAGGACGUUGCGCCUGGAAGGCAAUGAAAUAAGCGCUGGGGAUGUCCCAUCCGAGUCAGCCCUCUGUCUGCGCCUGGCCAACACCAUCGAUGUGUAAUAUCACUGUCUCACAACCAGGCUAGAGCACCAUCAACCUGUAACAACAUCUCACCACCAUGCUAGAGCAUCAUCAGCUAUAACAAACCCAUCUCAUUAUCAGGCUAGUGAAUCAUCACCCUGUAAUAUCCCCAUCUCACCAGGCAAGAGAGACAUCUCCCUGUAAUAUCCCCAUCUCACCAGGCUAGAGCAUCAUCACUCUGUAAUAUCCUCAUUUCACCAGGCUAGAGCUUCAUCAUCCUGUAAUAUCCCCAUCUCACCAUGCUAGAUCUUCAUCACCCUGUAAUAUCCCCAUCUCCCCAGGCUAGUGUCAUCACCCUGUAAUAUCCUCAUUUCACCAGGCUAGAGCUUCAUCAUCCUGUAAUAUCCCCAUCUCACCAUGCUAGAUCUUCAUCACCCUGUAAUAUCCCCAUCUCCCCAGGCUAGUGUCAUCACCCUGUAAUAUCCUCAUUUCACCAGGCUAGAGUUUCAUCACCCUGUAAUAUCCCCAUCUCACCAGGCUAGAGCUUCAUCACCCUGUAAUAUCCUCAUUUCACCAGGCUAAAGCAUCAUUAUCCUGUAAUAUCCUCAUCUCACAACCAGAGGGCAUAAUAUCCAUUAUACAAUCUGCAACUACCCCAUGUCCUCAACAGUGGGCAGCAUUCAUAACUUUAGCUUAAUAUUGCAAUUUACAAAUCUAACCAAGAGGGGGAAGCAGAGGGUUGAGACAGAAGGACUUACCUGCUCCAAGUCUUUGGUUUGGCUUGUUUUAAUAAUAUUGUUUUAACAUUAUUGACAUUAUGAUACAUCUCCAUAUCAGGUAAAAUAGUUUUUUAAGCACAUUAAUACACACAGACUUUUUGAACGGUGUAAAAAGCUUGCAAAGUUAUUGCUGUAGAGUGUAAAUGACUAUGUAGGCUACCAAAACAUUUCCCAUUUCUGUUGCAUUGAUUUCAAAACGACAAAUCCAAUGUUUGAGACAUACAUGUGGGUUUCGGAUUAAGUUUGUGGGUAUAUGUGAAUACAUACAUACGUGUCUAAUAGCAUGUGUGUAUCUUGUCUGUCUUUGAUUGUUAGUGUAUUUAAUCAACAUGACGUUAUAUAAUAUGAUUACUGUAUGUACAGUAGGAAUAUGCAUGCUGUCUAUUCUAAAUAGGCUUUACUAUAAUUGACUAAGGGUACACAGGGACAGACAACAUCUUCAAAAACGCUAUGCAUUCACCUAUCUUUCUAAAGGCAAUUAUAAUAGUGGACGAAUGGCAGUUGGGUGGCCAUCAUUUCGAUUUUUAUUAAAAUGUUCAGCCUUUGAGGAUUUUGAAGGUGGGGCCUUAUUUUCUUUGUGUCCUUGCCCUAACUUGAGUAUGGAUGUGACUGUUGUGAUUUAUAAUUGAAGAGAAAUGUGGGCCUAUUGCCUGUAUUGGUUUUAGUACUGACUGAGGUCUGGGUGUUUUGAUAUCAUUUACAAGCCUUUCGUACUGUGCUAAUAAAGGCAUUUGUGUUUCAAUAA